GUAGGGGAGCAUGGGAGCGUGGGAGUUUUGUAGUGGCCUCCGCCUCCUUUGUGGCGUCCCGGCUGGGCGUGGCUUCGUGCUGCUUCUGCCGGGUUGGGCGAGGCUUUCAGUGCUCCGGGGCUGCUGAGUGGGACCGGCUCAAGGCUAUUUCGGAGAAAGAAGCUGUCACUUCAGAUUCUCAAAGGAGCUUGAGGCUUUCGAGCCUGAGGGCGGAGUGGAAAGACCUGGAAGCCCAAUCGGAGAUUCUAUGGACUCUUCUCUCCACUGGAAGUGUCCCAAGGUGGGGAUUUGAAGGAGCCCGUCGUUUCCCCUGAUGGCGUCGACGCUCCCCACAUCGGAUGAGCAGGGAACGCUGCUGUUUGAAGAUCUGGAUGUGUAUUUUUCUCAAGAGCAAUGUGUGAAUCUGCAUCCUGCCCCAAAGACCCUCCGCAGAGAAGCGCCAUUGGAUUAUCUGGAGGAUUUGGAGUUGAUGGGAGGGGAAGACAAGCCUGAGACCAAUCAGCAGUUAAGCCUAGAGCCCAUGGAAGUUGAAGAGAUGUCCGCAGAAACAUACUCUACUGCUGCACCCCUUGUCCAUUACUCUGAAAAACCUGAGGGUGAUGCCUUAAUACAUGAAAGGAAAAUGUCAGGUGGAACUUUCACUUGCAAGACCAAGCUUAUAAGCCUCUUGGUUACCAUUGAAAACAAAACCCCAUUAGUAGAAUUAUCUCAGUGUUUAGGAGUCAGAACACUUUCUGAUAUUAUUGAAGUUCCCUGGGAAGAAGCUAAAAAUGUGUACAAGUGUCCUGACUGUGACCAAAGCUUCAGUGAUAAUACAUACCUUGUUUUGCACCAGAAGAUUCAUUCAAGAGAGAAAGGGUAUAAAUGCUGUACCUGUGGGAAGACCUUCAGUCACAGAGCCAGCCUGAGGACACACGGGCGAAUCCACACUGGGGAGAAGCCUUACAAGUGUGCCAAGUGUGCUGCCAGCUUCCGGCAGCAAUCACACCUGUCCCGGCACAUGAACAGCCAUGUAAAGGAGAAACGGUACACUUGUAGUGUAUGUGGGAGAGGCUUUAUGUGGCUUCCAGGACUGGCAGAGCAUCAGAAGAGUCACACUGAUACAAAACCUUACGAAUGUGCUGACCGUGAUCAACAUACAAAUCUGGCUUUGCCUGAAAACACAGGCUCAUCAGACACCCCAUGCCAGCACACACAGUAUGUGAAGAGCUUGGAGCAGCCCUCAGGUCCUGCUCUCCCUGACAGGGACCAAAAGGAGGACUCCAAACCUGGCAGUAUUGAUGACGAAGACUUUUUUUCAUUCUCCAGAUUCAAACCCUUACAGUGUCUUGAUUGUGACAUGACUUUUCCUUGUUUCUCAGAGCUUGUUUCUCAUCAAACCAUCCACGAGAUGGAAAAACCUCAUAAGUGCAAAACAUGUGCAAAAACUUUUGCUUUAGAUUCAGAACUUGCAUCCCACGAGAAGAGCCACAGACGAGGAGAACCUUUUAAGUGUACGGUGUGUGGGAAGAGCUUCCGAGCGAAUAUGCAUCUCAUGUCUCAUAAACGAGCCCAUAGGAGAAAGACCAAGUAAAUACAAGCUUUUGCUACCAUGUGGGCUUUUCAGUAUCUGUAUGACGGUAAGCCCUGCUCGUGUGGGGCACUGUGCUAAGCAAGCACUUUACACACAGUCCAUGUAAUGUAGGCAGCGUUAUUUAUUAAAUCUCACUCAGAACUGAGGAGAUGAAAUUUAUGUUACGUAGAUAGUAUAUGAAGCCAGGACUGAAACACAGUUACUGACCAAAUUCUAUUUAUAUGAGCCAGAGAAACAUAAAACGUCUAUAAAAUUCAGUUUUUGACUGCUGGGUGUGGUGGCGCAUGCCUUUAAUCCCAGCA